AUGGCAACAUUAGUGAAUUUACACCAAUAAUAUUCGGUGUGACACAGCUCUAUGUUACAGAGAUUUCAAUUGGUUGAAACCUCGUGCCGGAAAGAAAACCCUUUUAGGGUCUCGGGUCGAGCUUGCUUUGACGAACAGACUGGACAAUUUUCACGUUUGAAGGACUGAAGUGGAGAUUUGGUAACUUUGGAGUGGACAAAUAGGAGUAGGACCACCGUCAGACCAACGUUUUAUCGACCGCAAAACAACAGAGCAGAUAGCCAAGGGCGUUUGGACCAGCAGAAAGUAUGCGAACUUCUCUGUUCGCAUUUGGAACUAUCGGCUACUUCAUGUGUUUUGCGUUUAAUGUUCGUUACGCGGAUAAACUGCGGAGGAAAACUUAAACUUGAUUGAUUUGUAUUUAUUUUGAAAAGUCACCAUGUCGGGGGAUGAGGGGAUCUAUGCGGCGAAGAAGAGGAAGAAACCCGUCCAGAAAAGUCUGAACCCUGCUCCAGGGGACGGUGUGGUGAUGACCAACCCGUCUAAACGUCACCGGGACCGUCUGAACGGGGAGCUGGACCGGCUGACUGGCCUUCUGCCCUUCUCCCAAGAGGUCAGGGGUCGGCUGGACAAACUGUCCGUUCUCCGGCUCAGUGUGGGAUACCUCAAGGUCAAGAGAUUCUUCCAUGCGACCCUCCAGAAGAAGAGUGAGUGCCCGGCCACCCUCGUCAGUGGGAACGGGAGGAACGGAUGGACAUCCACUUCUAUAGACGGAGUCAGCCUCUCAGAGGGAAACCUACUGCUGCAGGCCCUGAAUGGUUUUGUCCUGGUGGUGACCAGUGAUGGCUCCAUCUUCUACGCCUCUCCAACCAUCCAGGACUACCUGGGCUUCCACCAGUCUGAUGUGGUGCACCAGAGUGUGUACGACCUGAUCCACAUAGAUGACAGAGCCAUGUUCCGGUGUCAGCUUCACGUCGCUCUCAACCCCAACCAGAACGACUCAGAGGCCGCACCAGACGCCAGGCAAUCUAGCAGCAGGCCUCAUGGUGAGUCUAUGAGCUACCUGCCCCAGCACAUCCCUCCGGACAACAGCUUCUUCCUAGAGAGAAGUUUCUGCUGUCGCUUCCGCUGUCUGCUAGACAACACCUCCGGCUUCCUGGCGUUGAAGUUCCAGGGGCGUCUGAAGUAUGUGUGUGGUCAGGGGAGGCUGGCGGAUGACAGGGCCACGACCCCCGCUCAGCUGGCCCUCCUUGCCAUCGCUGCGCCCCUGCAGCCCCCGGCUGUCAUGGAGAUCAGGACCAAGACUCUCCUCUUCCAGACCAAACACCGACUGGACUUCGCCCCCAUGGGUAUAGACACCAGAGGUAAAGUGGUGCUGGGUUACUCUGAGACAGAGUUGGUCACUAGAGGCUCAGGUUACCAGUUCAUCCAUGCUGCUGACAUGAUUUACUGCGCAGACAACCACCUCAAAAUGAUAAAAACAGGAGAGACUGGUUUCACCAUUUUUAGGCUGCUGACUAAGGCAGGAACCAGGAGGGCGAGGAGCACCUGCGUCAGCGGAGAAUAGAGCUUCCCUUCAACUUUGCCACUGGGUAGGCUCUGCUGUAUGAGUCCUGUUCCUCUCUGGAUACUGCCGUUAUGCCUCCAGGACCACCCAUCCCCCCAGGCCUCACUCCCCCAGGCUCCAGCCCUGAGGACAAGCACCUGGACCCUGCCUCUCUCCUGGGGUCCCUACUCUGUCAAGACCGCUCUGUUUACACUCAGUCCCAGGACCUUUCCCCGGACUUAGACCCUAGCCUUCCCCCAGGACCAGGACCCAGGCCUGGAGAGAGCCUUCCUGGACAGCCACGCUCUGCUGAGUGUCCCCGGGGAGUUCCAGGGUCCCCAUAGGCCCAGAUUGGUAGACCCCACAGCCCAAACCAUGAUGGACUCUCUGGGGGAGAUCCUGGGGAAGAUGGGGGCGGAGGGCCUGGAGGGGCUGAGGUUGAAGGAGACAGAGCUGAGGGAGUGGGAGAGCACCCUCUUCAGGAUCAACAUGGAACAGCAGGAUGUGACGGGGAAGCUGGGUGAUAUCUUAGCCAAUGAUGUUUUCUCGUACGUGGAGGAGGCUCUGAUGAGGGAGAAUGAUGGUGGAUGUGUGUUAGGCAGCUUGAGACAGGCCACUGAGCCAAUAAACAGACUCCCUGCUCACAACACUGCCAAUCCGAACACACUGGGCAUGUUCCCUCACUCCCAGAGUUCCUUAUUGCCAGGCAACAAGGGCUUCAAUGGCGUGAACGGCUCACACAGUGAGAACCGAUGGCAGAUGGGUGGUCCACACAUAACCUCUAAACUCAACAGCUAUGAAGAGCAGAGGCUGCUGAAUAAUGGAGUUGUUAGUGGCGUGGCGCACGGGGUGGGGUGUAGUCCUGGGAUUGUUGGAGAGCCACACAGCGUUGUAAACACAAACAUACUACCCAAGGCUGCUCACACGUUUGCAGGGCAACGGACUCAAGGAAGUGGCGUCUAUCUCCAUGGCAACCGAACGGUCCCACAACCAUCCCAUAUUAACAACCAACCGGAGUCCUGGAUACCCUCCAUCCAAAAUAUUAUCCUUAAUAACCACAGCCCUGUUCCUCUCCCAAACUUCUACAAUAUUCUCCCUGAGGCCUUUGACCAAACCAUGCAGCCCAGCCUGGAGUUAUACCACUCUGGGACUGGAGAUGCAAAAAGGCAGUUCUCAGGGCUGCCCUGUCCGGGUCCUUCAUAUCAGGACCCAAGGCAGCCUUGGCAACAGCCACGGCAAAGUACACAAUGGCAACCUUGGCAGAUACCACAGUGUUUUCCAGCAAAGCCAGUAAAUGGACUCAGUCACACACAACCCAAACACACCACACACAUACAGUCCAAUAACGCAUCCAGAACUCAAACACUCACACCCUCCGGCAACUGUAUGUUUGAAAAAAAUCCUUCAAAUAUCAGUGGCCUUACACCUGCCCAAAACAGGUCACACGGUCCCAUACCUGCCCCAACUCAGUCCAAUGGACCCAGACCCACUCCCAUUCUUUCCAAUGACUGUAGAAUCAGCUUCUCUACCCAAGCCCCCAAAUUCUUUGUGCCUUACCCUGAAGCAUCUCUAAUCCCAAGACCUUCUUACCCCCAAACCGCCAUUCCUAACCCAACCUACCCCACAGCCACCAUCCCUAACCCCAUCCCUGCCCUAUCCAAAGGGGCUCAGCCAGGGGAGGGCAUGGCAGCUCUCCCUGCCUGGUCUAGGGCUCCAUACCUGGGCAUGAAGCAUCUCCCAGGCCCCUUUCCCAGACCCCAGCUGGUUCCCCGGAGCUCCAGGGGAGAUGGCAGCUGUAAUAAUCCCAGUAAAGGGAGCUUGACGCUGGGUGAGAGGGGGUUGGAAGGCAGCCUUUUUUCUGGAUGUCAGAUGCCAGGAUUUCCUCCUGAGAACGGACCUGUACAGUCAUCUUUAUUCUACACAGGUCCCUAGCAGUUCCAAACGGUGAUGGGGAUCCUUUUCUCUUCACUGGCCUGGCUAACAGAACCACCAACAUCUCCUAGACUCUAGAACUUAGAGGAAUACAACAAACCAUCUCCACCGUGGCACCAGCAACAUCUCCUGGAGGAAUACAACCAACCAUCUCCCCCGUGGCACCAUCAACAUCUCCUGGAGGAAUACAACAAACCAUCUCCACCGUGGCACCAUCAACAUCUCCUGGAAGAAUACAACAAACCAUCUCCCCCGUGGCACCAGCAACAUCUCCUGGAGGAAUACAACAAACCAUCUCCCCCGUGGCACCAGCAACAUCUCCUGGAGGAAUACAACAAACCAUCUCCCCGUGGCACCAGCAACAUCUCCUGGAGGAAUACAACAAACCAUCUCCCCCGUGGCACCAUCAACAUCUCCUGGAGGAAUUACAACUGUACAAAAAUCUCACCUCUUUCGGAGACUGGUCUUUGGAGCUGGAUAAUAUGAUAUUUUGUUAGUUUCCGGCCUAAUCUAGCCUGAAGCCUAGUCACUCUUAGAUCUCCAGAGUUCCUCUGUGGAGGUGGGAGAACCUUCCAGAAGGACAAUCAUCUCUGCAGCACUCCACUAGUCAGGCCUUUAUGGUAGAGUAUCCAGACAGAAGACACUUGUCAGUAAAAGGCACGUGACAGCCCGCUUGGAGUUUGCCAAAAGGUACCUACAAGAACUCAGACCAUGAGAAACAAGAUUCUCUGGUCUGAUGAAACCAAGAUUGAACUCUA